AUGGCAAUGACGAGUGGGUCGAGUGCGGACGAAAACCUCGCGGCGGCAGUGACGCGCUGGUACCAUCACCAGGGCGCCGAUGGUGGCAGUCCGAAUGACAGGGUGCCGACGGCGGCGGACGCCAUGCAGAGCCAGCAUUCGCCGGCUACCGGCGCCCAACAGGGCCUCAUCGGUGACGGACACCACGGACAGGCCCAGGCCCAGGGUCACCACCAGCACCCUGAUGGCGCCGUGUUCUUCCCGGGCGUCGACGGCUCCGACGGCGCUGUCAGUCGCGCCCGCUACUACGCCGCUCAGGCCAUGCAUUCCGCCUACAACUCCGCCCAUCAUGGGCACAUGAGCAGCGUGAGCAGCGGGCAGAACACAAUGUGCAGACCGCACUUCCCGCCGCCGCUGCAUCCGUGGUUCCCGAACGCUUCAGAGGCAGCUGCGAAGCCGUUGCCGACGUGGGCGCCGUUCGCGUCGCAGACCGGCGACCAAGAAGGCGAACGCAGCCCCGUGAACGCCGCCGCUCCCGUGGCGCAUUCUAGUCCUCCCCAGCAAAUGUUCUCGUUCCCGCCGACGCCACCGAAGGACUCGUCGACGCCGGAGACUGUGACGCCGAGCACGUCCGGCGCGGUAGCCGCCUCCGCGCCGCCAGUCAACAGUUCCAGCGCCAUGGGCGCUGGCGACUACCUGGGCAUGAACAACUCGGCUGGUGGCAGCAGCAGCACCAGCGAAGAGUCGGAGGACGUGAAGCCACCUUUGAUGGCGUCUUUCCGGGACGGUAGUGGUAACAAUUGUGGUGGUGGUAGUGGUGGCGGAAGUGGUGACGCGGCCGCUGCGGCCGCAGCUUCCGCCGCGGCCGGUGGUCGUCAGUACUCGGGCGGGGUCAUGGGCAACCCUUACUCGUCGCACUAUCCACAGACCAUGGCGUCCAUGCAAGCUGCCGCCGUUGUGGACCACUUCGCCACCGGCUACAGCAACUUCACGCACGCCUCUUCCUAUCUCCCAACCUCCAAACCCGGCUCCGCGUCCGGCCAGCCCAAGAGCCGCGUCAAGUCUCGCUCCAGUUCCGAGGGGCGAGAAUGCGUGAAUUGCGGAGCGACGUCGACGCCACUGUGGAGACGGGAUGGAACCGGGCAUUACUUGUGCAAUGCUUGCGGGUUGUAUCACAAGAUGAACGGACAGAACCGACCGUUGAUUCGACCCAAGCGACGACCGAAGUCUUCUGUCCUGGGAAGAUCUCGUACUCCGAACCAACAGUUGGAAAGCUCAAUUCAAUCCGGAAUAUCUUUCGCGUGCUCAGUUGGGCUGAUCGGCUUGAGAAGCAGAAAUGGGAUUUGCGAAAAAUUCGUGAAACUCUGGAUUUUGGGUUCAAGUAGGAAUGUUCAAGUAGUGAGGAUCGAUGUGCUGUUGGAUGAAGCCCGGAGCCGAGCGACGAGCAUGCGCAGCGCGUCCGAGCGAGCGAAAGCCAGGGAUGCUGAUGCAUCAAAAUCUGCCCGGAACCCGCGGCGAUGCAUCAAACUGUUUUCCCCUACAUCGGCGAGGCGAGCGGGAACAAACUGCGCCAACUGCAAAACCUCGACUACGACUCUGUGGCGUCGGAACCACAACGGAGAGCCGGUCUGCAACGCCUGUGGUCUCUACUACAAGCUACACAACGUGAGUACCAUUCGAGAAAAGAAUCCUCUUUUGUCAAGCAAGCAUCAGCGAGACGAUUCCAUGUUUUCGGAUGGGCUCGCAUUCCGCCGGGGGAAUUCUAGUUCGCAGCACUUGUGUCUGUCAUGA